AUGUCUGGGUUUCUUAUUGAGAGACAAAGAAAAGAGUUACCGCACACCCGUACACCCAGAGUGCAUUUCUUUAGGUGCUUGUCAACUUCCAUUAAUCGAUACUUCUUAAUCAGAAUGAGCCAGUAUGCAGCUUCUGAGCACGCCAAUUCUUGUGAUGAUAUAGUCGAAGUCUCUGAAAAUGGUGUUGGGACUCAAUCUGAAAUUUUGGAUUCCGGAGACGCAGAAUCAAGUCAAGACGCACUGACAUCUUACGACAAGAAUACGGGAAACCUCGAGCAUCAGGCAAAUGUUGAAAGCAAUGCUGAUGAAAGUGCUGAAGGAGAACAUGGCGAUGAAGAAAUGGACGAUGAUGAUUUUGGGUCUUUUGACGAAGCAUCAUUUGAAGAAUUCCAAGUUCCAGAAACCACGGACGCGUUGGACAAACUAUGGACCCUUUCUAAUAACCCAGACGCUAUUGACGAUGAACUAGAAAAAGUACUAAAUUUGGUUGUUCCAGAAGCUGAGACAACCGAGAGCAAACCAGAAUAUCCAGAGCUUGUAUCUGAUAAAUCUCUGCUUUUUUCAAUAAUAUCCAAGAGUCCUCGACUCAAACCGCCAAACUGGAUAAAGCUGAAGAUUCGACACAGUCUAUUAAUCAAAUUGGGGGUGCCGAUUAACUUGGAUGAGUUGGAUGCGCCUUCUCUUUUGGCCAAAGUUCAGAAUAAUGCUCGUGAUAGAAGCAGAUCUAUAAGUGUCCAGGAUAUAGACUGGAGCCAUUUUGAGAUUCCAGAAUUUAGCACGCUAAAUGUAUCGAAUGAGAAAAAACAGGAGCUCAUGUCCUCCACCCAACAAACAUUGUCUCGCAUAGAAGAAGACAUUUUGAAUAAUACGUCAGAACUAUUCUUACAGAAUUCUUCCGACUCCUCAUUAGAUGCCAAAUUGAAGCAAAUGAGAGAUAACUACGCCCAGCUAAUUGAGCUAAGUUCGGUAUGGCAGGACCAGAUCCGCGAACUCCAAAACAGUCAGGAAAUCUACGAAUCAGUCGUGCAAAAUUUGGUGGGUUACAGUCAGAAACUUCAGCGUAAUGAAAUUCUAGAGAGCCUCAGUAAGGGAAAAUCUAAAAAGGGGAAACGUACUUUUUGA